CCUCAUUUGGCAACGAAUAUUGGCAUUCUGAUUCGGUGAUACAUGAAGGAAAUGGUGGCAUUGGAUUGGAGGAUUCGAUAAUCAAGUUCCUGCGUGUAACUGAUAAGUUUCUCUGUCCAUCAUCCAAUUUGGUUGAGAUUUCUGCAACUUUUAUUUACAAGAACCACAGAAAUGGGCAGGCAUAGAUAGGAAGCAGGGGAGGAGAGAACAUAUUCUGAUAACUUAUUCACCAUCUGCACAAUCCCAAUAGCUGCUAGCUAGCUCAUGAUGAUAAAUAAAUAAAUAAAUAACAUCACUGCUCGCUCUUCUUUCCUUGUGCAUGCCUUCGAUCUUUCACUUUCAUCAGUUAAUUGCCACCAUGUUCAGAUCCAGAGAUCCCAAACUCUCCAAUGCCAUCUCUAUUGUGGAGCUAAGGGUACACAUGGACUGCGACGGCUGCCAGAAACGGAUCCGCAGAGCAAUCUCCAAACUAAGUGGAGUGGACAGCUUGGAGAUCGACAUGGGGAAGCAGAAGGUGACGGUGACAGGCCACGUGGAGCAGCGGAAGGUGCUGAAAGUGGUGAGGAGAACUGGAAGGAGGGCCGAGUUCUGGCCGUUUCCUUACGACGGCGAGUACUACCCGUAUGCUGCAACAUACUUGGAAGAGUCGAAUUACCGGACGUCGCACAACUACUACAGCCAUGGCUUCAACGAACCGGUACAUGGCUACUUCCCUGAGCAGGCCUAUUCCACCGUCGCCGAUCAAACCGUCCACCUCUUCAGCGAAGACAACGUCCAUUCCUACUGCUCCGUCAUGUGAUGAACCCCGCAUGGCAUCAUUUGAGCCGCGCACGGUAAAGAGCAAUCCCGACGACUACUAGAAAGACUGAGAAAUUUUGUUAAGGUGGGCCCAAUAAAGAAAAAAGAGAUGAUAAUUUACAUUAAUGUUCUACAAUAAUAAUUCACGUUAAUUACAUGAUGGCUGCUUAUGGGCUCGUGAAAUGACUGAAUCUUAAAAAACAUGGACCUGGAGAUCGGCCUCCAGGAUUUAACAAUCAUUUCUCCUCGAUUUCUUCAAGAAUAUCUGUAGAGGGGAUAUUAGACAAAGAUAUGCAAAGAUAUUGAUUCCCCUAAAUAGCCAACAAUGUGAUGUCUAUACGUACAACCAUCUAUAUAGACCAUCAUAAUUCAGACGCUCUUUGCAUAUGUCUAGCUUCCUACAAUAAUACAUGACAUGGAAAUCU